AUGUCUGCUGCCAACAAACUGCCAACUGAAGAGCAGCUUUCAUGCUCCAUCUGCCUGGAUGUCUUCACCAAUCCAGUCACGUUACAAUGUGGACACAACUUCUGCAAAAACUGCAUCACGCAACACUUGAAUUCUAACUCCCAGCGCCAGUGUCCCAUGUGUAAUGAGCGUGUGGAUAGAAAAUGGAAGCUUCGGGUCAAUACUGACAUAUCUGAGAUGGCUGUUCAGUUCAGACAAUCAGCCCGAAGCAAAGACAGGAAUAGCUCAGAGCAACAAGUUGCCGAACACGGACAAGUUUCCUGUAACGUUCCUACUGGAACUAACUGCUUUUUCUUAGUAUUCGGCCUGGCAUGUCUUACCAUCUGCUUUACCUUUAACAUGUUUGAUGUGGUAGAAAACGCGGCGGGCAGCGUGUGUCCUAAGCAUGGCAAACCUCUAGAGCUCUACUGUAAGAAGGAACAAAUGCCCAUAUGUCAGUCCUGCGCUGAGUCAAGUCACAGAUUUCACCACACUGUUCCUCUGAAAGAAGAAUAUGAAGAAAAGACAAAAGAGCUUCAGAAAACAGUGGAUGAAAUUCAGCAGAAGAUCCAGGAGAGAGAGCUGAAAAUACAGGAGAACAAACGUUUGGUCUUGGUUUGCAAAGAGGCUGCAGACAGAGAGAUGGCUGACGGGGUUAAGGGCUUCACCGCUUUGAUACAGAUUUUGGAAAAAAAUCAGGCCGAAGUCAUCGAGAUGAUUGAAGCAAAGCACAAAACGACUGAGAAGAAAGAGAAAGGUUUCACCCAAGAGCUGGAGAAGGAAAUCUCUGAGCUGACGGAGAGGCGGACUGAGGUGGAGGAGCUCUCACGCACAAAAGACCACCUCCACUUCCUCCAGAGCUUCCCAUUCUUGAAUACUGCUCCUCUCGCCGACCCCUUGCCAGAUGUCAGCAUUUCUCUUGCGUCUUAUGAGGGACUCCUGAGGACUGCCAUGGAGACUGCAGUGGAUCAGCUGAGAGAGACAGCCGACGAAGAGUUGGAGAAGCUGCAGGAAGCUGAGCUGAAGAGCCUCUGGGGGAAUGCGCUGGAUGUGACUCUGGAUCCUGAUACUGCACACCCUAAUCUCAUCCUGUCUGAUGAUGGGAAACAAGUACACUUUAGUGAUGUGUGGAAUGAACUCCCAGACCACUCAAAACGAUUUGAAAAUAUGUAUUGUGUCUUGGGAAAGCAGAGUUUCUCUUCUGGAAGGUUUUACUACGAUGUUCAAGUUAAAGGAAAGAAUGCGUGGAUUUUAGGAGUUGCCAAAGAGUCCAUCAACAGGACGGGAGACAUUAAACUAGACCCUGAAAAUGGCUUCUGGACUUUAUUUCAUAGGUCUGGACAGUACUUAGCACUUACUAGCCAGCGUGUACUUCUCUCUGUGAAUGAUCAGAUUGAGAAGGUGAUGGUGUUUGUGGAUUAUGAGGAGGGUCUGGUCUCCUUCUAUGACGUAGAUGCAGCAGCUCUUAUCUACUCCUUCACUGGCUUCUCCUUCACUGAGAGACUCUACCCAUUCUUUUGCCCUGGUUUUGAUGACUCCAUCCCUCUGAUCAUCUCCCCAAUAAACUAA